CCACCGUGCCACUGCUGCCUGCCCAGAGAGUCUCAUCCACUGCUUGCUGCACCUGGUUGCAAUGCCUGACUCCGUAACUGUUGCUUCUUGGCCGGUCCUGAUCCUCCUAGCAUCCCAGGUUGGCGUGGCCAUUGGGGCCCCCCAGCCAUGGCGCUGUGCACCCUGCACUGCCGAGAGGCUGGGCCUCUGUCCACCGGUGCCUGCUUCAUGCCCUGAGAUUUCCCGGCCUGCAGGCUGUGGCUGCUGCCCAACUUGUGCCUUGCCACUGGGUGCCGCCUGUGGUGUGGCCACUGCACGCUGCGCCCAGGGACUCAGCUGCCGUGCGCUGCCAGGGGAGCCUCGUCCCCUGCAUGCCCUCACCCGUGGCCAGGGAGCCUGUGUACAAGAACCUGCUACCCCCGCCACGAGUACUUUGUCCGGCUCCGAGCGAGAAGAGGCGAAAGCGGCUGCAGACCCUAAGGGUGAGCUUUCCGAGAGCCCAGAGAUGACAGAGGAACGGCUCCUGGAUAGCUUCCACUUGAUGGCCCCCUCCAGGGAGGACCAGCCCAUCCUGUGGAACGCCAUUAGCACCUACAACAGCAUACGGGCCCGAGAGACCACCGACCUCAAGAAAUGGAAGGAGCCCUGCCAACGGGAGCUCUAUAAAGUGCUGGAGACAUUAGCUGCAGCUCAACAGAAAGCAGGGGAUGAAAUCUACAAAUUUUACCUGCCAAACUGCAACAAGAACGGAUUUUAUCACAGCAAACAGUGCGAGACAUCCCUGGAUGGAGAAGCUGGGCUCUGCUGGUGUGUCUAUCCAUGGAAUGGGAAGAAGAUCCCUGGGUCUCUGGAGACCAGAGGGGACCCCAACUGCCACCAAUAUUUCAAUGUGCACAACUGAAAAAGAGUUCUUCUCUUUCUUCAUGUUCUUCCACAUGAAAUAUUUAAGUAUAUAGUCUAUUUAUACUCUGGAGCACACCAUUUUAUAUAUGUGUAUAUUUAUAUAUCCAGUAACUCCUUUUUAUACUCCACAUACUGCUUGAUAUUUUGAAGCCAGUUUAUAUUUAUUCACUGUAAGUUUAUCGUUUUUCUACACAGUUCUCGUGCUAUGUUAAUUUAUAUAUCCUACAUGCUUCUCGUCACCAGACAUGUAAAUACCGCCUCCGCUCUUCAGGGGCCCAUGCCUCUGCUUUGAAAGGGCGGAGUGAUGCUGCCGAGAGCACGCACAGGUCCGUCUGAGGCAGGACGUUUAGAGGAGGGAUGUUAGCCCGCCCUUAGGGUGGUUUCCUUGUUAUGUCCCACAGACCUGUGUCUGGUGCACACGCGC